AUGCAGCGCCUCAGUUCAUGGUUUGAACAGUUGCCUCUGCGACGUCGUGAAUCUUCUCGACGAUCAGAGAAUUGUGAUUCGUUAUCACACUCAUACAAAAGGCAAUCCAAAUCAGCAACACCACGACUUCAUUAUAGCGUCAGUACCGUACAGAAUCGUAAUCAUCGAGAUCAUUCUGUUAAUGCUCCGUCGCAAUCUCUGAUCAUCAAUGAUCAGUUACAUGUAAUAAUGCCGUCUUCUUGGAACAGGCAAGAAACGGUAAGUCAAUCAUGUCGCGACAGUUCCAAACUUGCCAUAUCUUUCUUGCAGUCAUUCUCCUCAUCAACUAGCUCUGGACGAAAAAAUAUACGUACAAAUCCGUGGAUUUCACACAGUCGUCCACUGAUUCAGACUAUUGCUUCUCAAGGGCCAAAAUCCACUGGUGAACUGAUGUAUGCGUCAACAGAUCAUACCGCAUCAUUUCGCAUCAAAAGUCUGGACGAAAGCGUUUACAGUUCCGGUUAUAGCAGUCAAGAUAGCAGUCCGGAAUCGUCAGUGCAUACGCCGGAUUGGCAACCAUCAUCGAUCAUAACUGAAAAGCACGGUCAAUUAGAGGAUAAAGCGGUGGAAUGCAAUUCAAUUGAUGUCGAUGAAGCUUUAGGAUUCGACUUGGAAGACAAAUGGGAAAUGGAGAGUCCGAAACCAAUCGACUAUGGGGACCGGUUUCACAAAGAUGACGAGCACUUAUAUCAUGAACUGGAGGUCGUCAGUCAAUUAUCAUUGUUAUCGGAUAGCCGGACCUUUUCAUCGGAUUCGGAAAUUGCUAGCUCAUCAGAUGAAUCGCUGAAUUCUCCUCGAUGCUUAUCGCCAAUUUACACCCAACCAAAUCAUGACUAUUAUAAUCUAGAUUAUUGCCAUUACAAACCCGAAAGAUAUGAGGAGGACCGAGUGACUGAGUACCCAAACGUAGCCUCCAGCUUCACCUAUAUUCCUUGUGGUAGCUAUAGACCGCCACCCGAAUUUCACCCUCCUCCUCCACCUCCACCACCACCGCCACCACCGCUACCACGAUCUUUAAGAACAAAUGAUUUGGAACAAGCUGAACUGGAUUUUUUGAUUGAACUGGAUGCGCAAAUUGCCGAAUUACAGUUAAAAAGUGUGGAAGUACGUCAACUCGUAGACGAGGCCCGUGAACGUCGCGAUGCACGUGCUCAUAAUGCGCAAUUAUAUCACGACAUGGCUGAGUUGAGACGAAUGAAAUGGGUGCUGCACAAUCACUUCGAAAGACUUAAAAUUUAUAAUCGUCACCUGAAAUGUUUUUAUCUGUCACGUUAUCGCGCUGUACAAUUAGCAUAUGUUCUCGAAGAGAUUCCACCAUUGCUGUUGUCACGAAGGACAAAUUUGCUUCCUAUAGCUGGAGAUACGAAUUACAUACGAUUGCGUGGACUUCCGUUCGCCGCCAAAGAACAAGAUAUACAGAAGAUUUUUUUCGGUUUGAAUGCAAAGUCGAUAACUUUCACGCUAACAUCAAAUGGUCGAGCAAGUGGCGAAUGUUACGUGGAGCUAGAUGAUCGGGAAGCUGUUAAAGAAGCUCAAAAGCUUGAUCGUAAUGAGAUAAAUGGACGCUAUAUUGAAGUAUUCAGCGUUAGUGAUGCAGAGCUGUUGAUGAUGAUACGUCAUGGAGUGAUCAAAGGUAGCGGUGGAGAUGCGGAUAGCCGCUACGCUAGUAACUUUGUUGUUCGCCUUCGAGGUUUGCCAUAUAGUGCAACGAUCGAUGACAUCAAGGAAUUUUUCUCAGGCCUGGAAGUAGCGGAUGCGGUAAUCGACAAAGAACCGGGGGGUCGACCUUCGGGGGAGGCAUUCGUACGGUUGGCAACCAAAGAAUACGCGGAAUUGGCUUUGGAGAGAAGCAAAAACUACAUGGGUUCAAGAUAUGUCGAAGUUUUCCGUAGUUCCGCCGAUGAAAUGGAUAAUAGCUAUUAUGCGGCACGAGGCAUACCACCACCAACCAGUGGACCAGUCCCAUUGCGCGGAAUAAGUCCGACGCUUGAUUUUCGAUUUCGUGAUAGGUAUGCAGAUUAUGGCCGCUACGGUGGACCGAUAAGGCUUUCAAGCUUACAUCCACGCCCAUCUCCAUAUGAUCGUCCAUAUUACGAUAGGGAUCGUUAUUAUCGAUACGGUGCACGGUAUGAUCCAGAAUUCGAUGAAGCAAUGUAUGAUCCCACCGUUAAAGUUUUCAUGCGAGGUUUGCCGUACAGUGUUACUACACUUGAUAUUGAAGAAUUUUUCCGACCGCUAAAUUGCGUCGAAAUUAAACUUGGUUAUAAUGAAGAACGUCGUCUUUCGGGUGAUGCACUGGUAACUUUUUCAACAAUGGCGGAAGCGCGAGAGGCAUUAUCACGUAACAAAAACAAUAUGGGCACGAGAAUUAAAAAACGAAAACGUACGAGGAUUUCUGAAGGUACCAAAAUGUUGUUACAAAAGAGGAGAGCAAUGAAGAAGGAGAAUCAAAUGGACGAUGAAUAUGCUGCCUUAUGCAAACAAAUACGAACGCAGAUGAAAAAGGAUUUUGAAGAAUACAGACGUUGGAAAAAAGGAAAAACAUCGCAAGAAAACACUGAGAAUAUGCUGGAGGAUGAAACUGCUUCGGAGGAUUUCGAGCGAGAAAUGGAAGAAGAGUUUUUGGUGGAAAAUACAGGAAAAGAAGAUGCGAUAUCAUUGAAAAAUUUUGGGAUAAUGUUGAAAAAAAGUACAACUGAGGAAAACGCGGAAAUUUCCCAAGAAGCAGUACAGCAAAAUAUGGAAAAGAAAAAGAAACAAGCAAAAGUUGAGCAGGAGCUUGUUGAGAAACCUGAAGAACAUUUAUUAAAUUUAUUGUGUACUGCAGACGCUUCUAAGAAGGCAAAUACAGGAAACGAGCAACACCAAAAAAUAAUUAUGUCCCAAGAAAGAGCACAAGAAGCUAAAGCGUCUGGCGGAGAUGACAUCAAGCUGAAGAAAACGUCUGAUGCAGGUGGAGUACUUGAAACGAUGAUAGGUAACGAGAUCGAAAAAAUGCAAAGCGACGAGGCAGUGCAAGCAAAUGAUGAAAAAUGUGCAGAAAAAGAAAGAAUAGGACAACCGAGCAGUGUUGAAUGGAAAGACGAACAACGGAUAAAGGGCAGAUACAUCGAAUUAUUUCCAGCAACAAAUAUCCCUCAUCCAAUUAAAACGGUAACAUUCCGUACAGUAAGCGGAGCGCCUACCCGUCUAACAUCAGCUCCACGUCCACUGUACAGCUCUUUUGCUGAAGAUGAAGAAGCUGCUUAUGCAAGUGGAGUUGGUGGACAACAGUACUACAAUGAUCAGUAUGAAGGACGUCAGUCAAAAUAUGGUCGUGAUUGGGGCGAACCAACACGUACAACUUGGUGA